CAGAGCUAGGAGGGAGACUUGGACACAGGGAAACUGUGUUCAUCCUCCGGCUCCCUUUUCCCAGGUAUCAGACAUUCCUGCCCCAUUACUUGUCACUGUUUAAUUUGAAGAUUUGAAGACAGCAUUGCUGCUUCCACAUAUUUGAUGCCAGCAUGGUCUUCUUCAAAAAGUCAACCAAUCACCAAAUAAGAGGUUUCGCCUUGGCCACCAUUGCAUGGAUAAUGUGCAGCACCUCUAUGGGCCUUCCUGAAUGGCGAGUUUGUUAUUUGGAAGAACCCAUGGGUUCCUCCCAAAGCAUGGCAUUUGUAGGUAUGUGGAGGGCCUGUAUCUGCCACCACGUUGACACCUCCAGCCACCAGAGAGUUUGCCAGCACUACACCUACCAUGAUGGCCUUGUUCCUUUGGAUAUUCGCUUAGCACAAAAUCUGCUCCUGGUUGCAAACAUUAUUGGCCUGGUUGGGACAGUUUGUGCUGUCUUUGCUUUACAGCAGUUAUACACAGAGGAACUGGAGAAUAAUGAUGACAACGACAAUCCAUUUGUUCUUUCAGCCGUUCUCAACGCUGUUGCUAGCACCUUUAUUUUUCUUGCUGUUAUGUGUAAUUACUUCUCUGAGCCCAGCAAGGAAGGGUUAUAUUUCCUGCCUUCUUCACAAAUGCCACUUUUCCCAUAUGCUCAAAGAGCAGGAAGUGCCAUGGGAAUGGCAAGCAUAUCUGCCAUACUGUUUUUAUUAAGUGCUAUAAUUUUUAUUUCUUAUAGUCCUUCAAUGGAAAAAGAAAACCUUCCACUUGUCUGAAAAUAAAUUUGUAGCAUGCAUAACCUUAAAAA